CUCAUCGUUCCAGUGUGAUACUGAGCAAAAUGGUCGCCGUUCCAAACGCUCAAGCCGAGGCCUUGGCUUGGCUUCAACGCUCCCACGAUAUACACGACUCUCUUCAAACCACAGACUUUGACAAGAUCUACUCCAAGAAUGCUCAGGUCAAGUUCACCAACUUUCCUGUUGCCGAGGGUCUGGAAGCUAUCAAGCAGAUUAUGGAUGCGGCGUUUGGGCAGCUGUCGUAUAUGAAGCAUGUUACUCGUCAAGCUGACCAGGUGGACAACAGAAUUUGGCUCGCGGUGGACAUCACUUACCGGGUCAAGGGCGACCCUAACAAUGAAGAUAUCAACAUCCCAGCUGCGGGGCUGGUCACGAUUGUGACGGAAGGGGAAGAAGUUGGCAAGAUUGCGCGGUUUGAUGUCUUCCUGGACAACACUCCUGUCAGGGAAAAGAUCGCAAGUGUUGCAGAUUCCAACUCGUAAGCAGGGUCUGUGAUGACUGUUCUAUAGGAGAUCAGCUCACCGAGGUAGUCGCCUUUCCAUCUUCUCAUAAGUUGGUUCUCGGGUUCACAGUCUCACCAUCAUUUUCUUUUUGGACUAUCUCCCUGCUCACUUGAACCAUACAUGUAAUAGAAGCCUCUUUGCCUUUGAUUAAUCAUCCAGACUCAAUUAUAUCCCAAG